AUGGCGUUCUCUACGAGCGCCCCAGCAGGCAAGCACGAGGCAGAGGAAGACUUGAUCAUUAUCAACAUUCACCGCAACGCUCAUCGAGUGUUCUUGCGCCGCUCUAGGACGGUCGACCUUUUCAAUCCUUCCAGGCACAUUCCUUGGAAAUAUGAAUACCUCCGGAAGCACGAGGCUACAUCACAGGAGCUGUCGACUUCAGAAUACAGGGGGGAACCUCAAAUUUUCGCUGUUCGGAUUGGCAACUUCCACAUUUACGACCAUAAAUACCAGUGGUCAGUUCCGAAGCAAAGAUUCACAUUCUCAAGUCAGAUCAAGAGAACACUGUUCACAUCACGGAUCAAUGUUCUCCUCGUCUGCAUACCAAUUGGUCAAUGCCUCCGCGUUGUAAGAGGACAAUCGGCUUCGACAUUCACGUUCAACUUUGUCGCUGCAGUCCCUCUGUGGUUCUUGUGCGACUAUGCUCUGGAAGAGAUAGAAAAGUACAUUGCUCGGACACUGUCGGACAUUGUGGACAUUUUCACCACCAAUACCGCACAAGUGAUUUCCAGCUAUCUUCUGCUAAAAGCUGGAAAGGUGGCCCUAUUGCAAGCUUCCCUUGUUGGCAGCAUCUUGAGCAAUAUCUUGUCCCUUCUAGGUCUUAGCACCUUUGUCGGAGGUCUGCGGCACCACCCACAGAAAUUCAAUCGCACGGGCGCACAAGGAGCUUCUGAUCUGCUGUCCAUUGUUGCCACAAGUGUUCUGAUCCCAACGGCCGCGAAGCAUCUUAAGCAGACAACUCAGCAAAAUCUAGUACUCCAGUCACAUGGCGUGGCUUUGGUGCUGCUCUUCAUUGACCUGUCCUAUGCGAUAUGCCAGAUGUGGACCCACAGGAAGGGGUACAACGAGCGAGUCAAUGAGGAUCAACCUACCCCGAGGAGGGCCUGCGUAAAUCCCUCUUUCCGUCCGAGGAGUACAGCAAGCGGCCGGUCUCUUAAGAGAGAUAUCGAACAUAACGCCCGGGGCACUUCCGCAGUCGACCAAGGAACGGAUGAGCCUGGCCUUCCAGAGGAAGACGUCUCUCAAGACAACACACUUGAGGUCACUGGCGUCCAUCUACGCUUCGACGUGGCAAUUCUCGUACUCGCCAUGACCAUUGGGGCGUUGUUCCCAAUCUCAGCUUGGCGUUUGAUGGGUUUCAAGUCGUCAGUCUCUUCACCACGGUUCUGCUCUUGA